AUGUACGCCUCAUUAUGGAUCGCAAUUCAAGACGUUCUAAGGGAGUUGGUUCCUGCUUCCUUCUUGAUGGCUGCAUCUUCCUUGUUCCAACGUUUUCUUGUGCAGUAUAUUGAGUUUUAUGAUGCAAUGUCGGUACCUAUGGCGAUUGCACUUUCUGGUCAGCCUCUUCUUGGUCAACCAGUGAUGGUGAAGCCAUCAGAGGCUGAGAAGAAUCUGGUUGAAUCAACAUCUGUGGUUAGCGGACCAGGUGGGAUGAUAGGCCCAUAUUCUGGCGGAGCUAGAAGGCUGUAUGUUGGAAAUCUCCAUACCAAUAUAAAAGAAGACGAUCUCCGCCAGGUUUUUGGAGCAUUUGGUCCUGUAGAACUGGUUCAGUUACCUGUUGACGAAACUAACAACAGCAAAGGUUUUGGAUUUGUGCAGUUCUCACGUCUUGAAGAUGCCAGAAAUGCACUGAGUUUGAAUGGAAAAUUGGAGAUUGCAGGUCGACUAAUUAAGGUGUCAGCUGUUACAGACCAAGCUGGAAUGCAAGAUCUUGGCGCAAAUGGUGGUGAUUUUGAUGACGAUGAAGGUGGUGGCUUGAAAAAUAAGGUCAAAAAAUAA